AUGUGGGAACUCCGGUCCAUAGCCUUCUCCAGGGCCGUGUUUGCAGAGUUCCUGGCCACUCUCCUCUUCGUCUUCUUCGGCCUGGGAUCGGCCCUCAACUGGCCGCAGGCCCUGCCCUCGGGGCUGCAGAUCGCCAUGGCCUUCGGCCUGGCUAUCGGCACCCUGGUGCAGGCGCUGGGCCACGUCAGCGGGGCCCACAUCAACCCUGCCGUGACUGUGGCCUGCCUGGUGGGCUGCCACGUCUCCUUCCUCCGGGCGGUCUUCUACGUGGCUGCCCAGCUGCUGGGGGCCGUGGCAGGAGCCGCUCUGCUGCACGAGAUCACACCAGAAGACAUCCGAGGGGACCUGGCCAUCAAUGCGCUCAGCAACAACACGACAGGUGGCCAGGCCGUCACCGUGGAGCUCUUCCUGACGCUGCAGCUGGUGCUCUGCAUCUUCGCCUCCACCGAUGAGCGUCGUGGAGACAACCUGGGCACCCCUGCCCUGUCCAUCGGCUUCUCCGUGGCCCUGGGCCACCUCCUUGGGAUCCACUACACGGGCUGCUCCAUGAAUCCUGCCCGCUCCCUGGCUCCGGCUGUUGUCACCGGCAAAUUUGAUGACCACUGGGUCUUCUGGAUCGGACCCCUGGUCGGCGCCAUCCUGGGCUCCCUCCUCUACAACUACGUGCUGUUCCCGUCCUCCAAGAGCCUGUCGGAGCGCCUGGCCGUGCUGAAGGGGCUGGAGCCCGACACCGACUGGGAGGAGCGCGAGGUGCGGCGGCGGCAGUCGGUGGAGCUGCACUCGCCGCAGAGCCUCCCGCGCGGCAGCAAGGCCUAG